CCACCCUUCCAUUAGUCCACCUUAACCCUAGAUAGCAGAGUUGCGGCCAGAUCGAAAGCGCCGCCACAAAUCAAGUCGUGGAAUACAGGAAUAGCCAUCCAUCUCCCUUCCUCCCCAUCUCCCCCUCGCAUCGCCCCUCUUUCUAUCAUAUUGUUGUUGCUUCUUGGAGACCUUACGAGGAGGCGACCAUGCGCUGAACGGUGCGGCGUCGCAGGUGUACAGGGCGGAGCAUAGAGGACACGGCGGACCAAGGGCUUUCUUUUUUGCCGCAUCGCAUAUUGUUGGUGCAUGGUGACGGGUGAGAUCCCGAUGGGGAUAUUGGCUUGGUUCUGGGCAGAGUCAGGAUGGUGCUGAUUACGGAUCUUGUCCUGGCAAUGGGGCUGCCAGGGCUAUUGGGAUUCGGCUUCGUGCUACCGCCAAGGAUGUUCCUGACAGCAUCGAUGCCAUCCAUCUCACGGACAUCCUCACAGUUUUCAGAAUCCAGACAUCUAUUUCUGAAGUUUGAAAGGAAAAGUAAAUGGAUUUUACUUCAGCAGAUUAGAAGAAAUUUGUAUGUGAACUUCUACUGGCCGUGCACUUUUAUCUUGGAUUUUUUGCCAGGUGCAGUUAAUCGAAUGGGCAUUAUAGUUAUGUUUCCUGCUGAUUACCCGCAAGAUUGACUAGGAAACGGUGUGAGUGGAACUCCAUCUAUAUCUGGGUUGGAUAUGAUGCUACUGAGGACGACACUUCGCAAAGAGGUAAAUAUAAACCAAUCACUAGUGCUUCAUGACAUUUUCAUUGUGUCAAUCUAGUUAAAUAAAGGUAUCUGACAUGUGUUAAUUGGAUUGUUCAUAUCUUUAACAUGGCUACUUAUUUUUUUUAUGUAUUUAGAUCUUUGUGGUAAUGACUUGGUACGUAGCUGGGAUGGGCUAUUUCAGAUGCACGGGAUGGCACAAAUUAACUUGCAUGACUUAACUUUGGUAUGCUACGUACUUAGGUUUUCGAGGAAAUUCCAAGCAGCAUGCGGAUGUGAACUUUAAGGUCUGAUAAAAAUAAUAAACAUUACGCAUUUUCCUUCCAUUUUACAUGUACAUACAUCAUGAAGAGCCUACAAACUGAGUCUU